AUACUCGUUGGUCGUUGAGUAUCAAAUAGCGCCUAUUUUUCCAAUGGAAACGAAACUUAUAGAUUACUUUCACCUAUACUCAACCUAGUCUGUAAUAGCUUUCUAUGCGAUUGUUUGUCAGCGUAAUAAUUGCGUUGAGUAUUAAUCAUAUUAAGCAUAGAAAUCAACGGCUGAAUUUCUUUCCUUGACCAGAACGGAAAUCGAACCCCCGAAUUUCUAAGCCAUUCGAGGUCCUCGAUUUCACCCACUUCGAUAAAAGGUUACGAUAUUUCUCCCCAAAAUCUUAAUUCGUAAUCACCAACGACGAUUAAAAUCGAGCAACAGCUAUGUUCAACGUUUUGAUCCUAUGUUUCAGUAUCACUUACAUAGACAUAUUUCGUUAUUGUUAGGGCAAUUUGUUCAACUUUUCAAGUCCCCUUUUCAUAGGAUGCGUUGAAAAGAUUCACGAGUUCUUUUAGUAAUGAUUACAUAAAUAUAAGGACUAUGUGACCUGACCAUGCAAACAACAUCUCAAAAUGAUUUCAUUCAUGUUUGAAAUUUUAUAACUGUCUUCGAGAAUGAUAAUCUAAAAAAAAUACACUUUUUCGAUUCCGUAUUGUGUAUCAGAAAAUACAACAAUGGUAUAAGUGGUGAAAAUCGCUUCAGCAAAUUCGACUCUAUCACAACGUAUUUGUAUGUUUCAUAAAAUGCAAUAGAAUUCAUGAAAAAACGGCACUUAAAGUUCAGUUGAAAAACGGUUUGUUUAUAUUUCCACCAUACAACCAUAAAAUCCGUUGGACGGCGACACCAGACCUUCUAUAUCCCGAAUUGCGAGCAUCCAAUUAGCAUACCUAGGUAGCUGUUUAUGGAGCGUUGGCACAAACCUCUCUUUCACUCGCGCUCUGAGCAAUUUUGACAGAAGCCUAACUUCGCGUAAGAGGUUUGAAAAUAAAGAUGGCCCCCUGAUCAACAGGUUGGUAUUCGCACAAUUCGUUCGUUUUUAUUGUUUUUUUUUGUGACGAAUGAUGUUGUUUUACGGUCAAUAUUAGUUGCACUCGUUCGCAUAUUGUUUCCCUCCAUUGGUUGCCGUACAAUUUCCAAGUGCAAAGUUUGGUUUCCGAGCUAGAAUGUAAUAUUUGAUCGUCUCGAUGUUGCUGCAAGUGGUUUGUGUUUACGCAUCGGAAAAUGUUGACAUUGCUGAGCGAAUUACGUUUCUGGUCCAUCAAGGAUGACAUCGCCGUCAAGGACACCGAUCUGGGAGCUUGCAAGUAUUUCGAGAAGCGUUCUGAAAGUGCUAAAUCGAUAUACGCGGAGGGCAAAAGGCAAUACUUCGAAUCUAGGGGGUUCAAGUGGAACGUGGAUAAUAAAAAACCUAAUAAACUAAGAAAUGCUCUGAAGUUACUGGAAGAAGAAUUGAGGCAAAGACAGAUAGUAUUCUGUAAGUGGAAGAACAAUGUCAUCCUUCAGAUUAUGCUCUCAAAUGGAUUGAUUAUACAUGUGGCGAUCAAUCCGUUCACUGGCGACAUCGUUCGUAUCUACUUCGAUAAAUACUUUGUCGGGAAGCUCAUUUCCGAACAAAUCACGGAUGUUAUCAUAACCCGAACGCACAUUUUGAUUUCGUACAAUGAGAAUCAGAUUACGUUCGUGCACCUGCAGAAGCCAACGGCGAAGAGGAAUAAUUUAGAGAAGGUCGGUCUGAUGGAACCGAAGAUAUGCAAUGUGAUAAUUGGCGGACCAACGGCUAGAAAAAUUCCCAAGCAUCUUGUGUGCAGCGGUUCGCAAGAUUUGGUUAUUGUGUGGACUAAGUCUUCCCAGAAUGAGGUCUAUCCAUGGAGGCCGACUGUCAAGGAUCAGGACCGUGCCAAUAUGCACGUGUACAAACUGAACGGAGCCAAGCUGGAGCUACUUUGCUACUACUGGACGGAGUAUGAUCCCAUUUCAGUGGACUUCUCACUUAUGAACAGCUUCCAGAUACAUUCAGUCGAACAGAAGGUCUCGAAAAAGGGAGAUGUGACAAUAGACAGUUGUAUAUAUCAAAUUCAGAAAUUGAAAAUGCGCCGAGUGGCGGUGACAUCAAUCCCCUUACAAACGCAGGUCUGCUGUAACGCUUUCAGUCCGGAUCACGAAAAGCUUAUGCUGGGCUGCAUCGAUGGAUCGAUCAUACUGUUCGAUGAAGGACGGGGUAUCACCCAUCUCGUGAAGGCGGCAUUUAUCCCAAUGUUUGUCUCGUGGCACAGUGAUUCAUCCGUAAUGAUGAUAGCGAAUGAGAAGUGUCAAUUUCAAUGCUUCGAUAUCGCUCUUUCCUGCGUGAGGACACAGCUAAUGAGCGAGGAGAUUGUGCCUUCGAAUACGCUGGAUCUGUCGAACUACUUUUCCCAUCCGUCAAAUCUUGCCAAACUGUGCUGGAGCAAAAAACCAGAAAUCACAGAACACUUUGAAAAGCACGCGAUAACGGACUCGUUUCUGUUGCUUGCGUUCGAGAAUGGGCCGAUCGGUUGCUUGCGGCUAGUCGGUGGCAGUGGACUGAAGGGAGACGUCCACACGUCCGGCCUCACCGCCGAUGUACUAAUCCACAAAUAUAUCUCGCUAAAUCAGGUGGAGAAAGCUAUAAAUAUUCUUUUAAGUCUGAACUGGGACACAUAUGGGGCGAUGUGCCUGCUCUCGUUGCACCGAAUAGCAAACUAUGUAUUCAAGCAACCGUUGGGAACGGAGCGAGAGUUACAAUUGCAGAAAGCUCUCGGAAGCUUCCUGGUACCUGUGAAACCUUUGUGUUAUGAGACUGAAGUUGAGUUUGGCGACCAAGUCAACGACAUUACACUUCGUUUCUUCCAUUACCUGUUAAGAAACAAAUCCUACAAUAAGGCAUUUAGUCUCGCAAUCGACAUCAACGAUGCUGACCUGUUUCUCAAACUGCACGACAAAGCGAAAGCUGACGGGGACGUCGAGCUGGCGAAGGAAGCGCUGAAGAAAGUGGAUGACAUCAAUCGGAUAUGUACAGAUCGCAGCGACAGUGACCAUUCCCUUUGUUCACACUCUUCUUGCUCGCUGUGCGCGGACAGUUUCGAUGACGAGGGAGAGGACGAUGGAUCGGAGCAUGAAAGUUUACCUUUGCCGUUGCCUCGGUUGGGAAAAACGACAAACCAAGACAGCACCAGCUUCAAAUCAUAUUCCACCUCAUCGAGCUCUUCGAAAUCGUCACAAAUUAGGAACGGUACUCUCAGGCAUCCACCGUUGCCUAAAACGAACGAGAGCAAUAAUCACGGUAGCAUCAAAUUGACCACUCGGACGUCCACCACAAAAAAGCGCACGAAUAGUGAAUACAACAACGACCGACCACCAUUGCCAUAUGUGCCGAAUGAGCCACCGACGAUAACGAUGCAGCGAAGCCAAACGGCGACGGCAUUGAAACUCACCAAACAGCAGCAAACUCGAAUCUCACAAUUCAAACUGAAAGGAAGAUCCCUAAGUUCGAGUAAUCUGUUAUCGUUUCCGGAUAAUUCAUCUCCCUAUGGCGGAUCAUCGAUUCAGAGGGGUAACGUUCGAAGCCGUUUGAACCCUCGCGAAAAAGUAGCCAAACUGUACACUUCUGCGGCUAGUAGUCUUUCGAUGGAGCAACUCGAUAUAUCCAAAAGACCUAUCAAUCAAACGCAACAACCAUUUUAUGCAGAAUUUAUGGGCAAUCCUGCAGCGCGACCCCCUCCCAGUGGUCAUCAUGUGGUCAUUGACGUCGUACCGAAACCAACCGAUUCCUUGCAGCCACCGAAUGCACUAAAGUAUCCGUCCACAAACAUACUUGAUCAAACCAUAGGUAUACCAGUGGCACAAGACGAACCGGAUUUUGGCCAGAAUCUACGCAGGGCAUGGUUCUCCUCGCAGUCUCACUUUCGGAGUAUUCCGAACAGUUCCAACUCUAACAACGCACCUCGGACUGUGAUUCAUCAGUAUCCGCUGAUAUCCGGCAAUAUACCGUCAAAAUUUCAGCCCAAAUUCCACCAACAGCCGCUGAAUUUGUUCGAUCGAACACGCUCCCAGCGACGCAAGGAAACCGUGACGGCAUCGAUUCUUUCCAACAAUACAAAUGCGUCCUCGUUUGCAACCGCCGGACCCUCUAGUUCGUCGUCGUCUUCCUCGACGAAAAAGGAAAGUGGCGAAAAGAAUAAGGUAAAAUUCUCCGAUACCGUCACCGUCGCGGUUGUGCCGGAAAUUCCGAGAAAAGAGAAAAUUGCAGAUAAACCGCGCAAACCAGGAUAUAAUCCGUUGAUAGCCGACCCUAAGCGGGAAUUGGCAGAAAGUUUACCACUGUGCCAUCCGAAUGAUGACUAUUUAAAGGAUUUUACCCCAAUGCAAGAUAUUGGCAACAACGAUCAGGAAAACCCCAAAGAGGGCAAAAAAAUUCCCAACAUUAAGGUGGUACAUUUUGGUGUGGUGUGAAAAACCUCAGAUAAUAAUUAUCUGCCAGUUAACGGUGACGAAGCACCGUUCCGCAUCCGUCCAGUGAAGCUAAAUCAGUAUUUUAAAUGUUUAUAUUUUGUUUCUGUUAGAAAAAAGUUUUUUUUGUAAAUAUUACGAAACUUGUAUUAUUGUUAGAUGAGAACUCUAUUGUAUAUUUAUUAUCCGGUUACUCAAAAUGAUUUAAUAAAAAAUAUAGUAUUGA